UCUUCCACUUCUUACUUACAAACAACAAAAUCAACCGAAAUGUUCACGGAAGAUGUAAAACCGCAGACAACGCCGGGAGCAUUCACGAAGCCGUCCGCGACAUUCAAAUCCACUGUACAACAGACGCAGUCAAGUUUUGUUACAGCCGAACGUCCACCAACCUUUUUCUUCGAAGUCACCAUGGUGAACAUAGAGUUCACCGAGGAACUCAACAAUCCUACAUCUGAAGAGUUUACAUCUCUGGCCUCUCAAUUGACAGAAACGAUAUGGUUGUACCUACAAGAAAGCUAUCUAGCAGAAGACAUCGUCAGUGUGGUGAUCACCAGAUUCCGGAAGGGGAGUGUCAUCGCAGACUACGAGGUGAACUUGCGUCAGGACACGGUGGACGUUACCGAUUUACAGGUCCGAGAUGUUUUCCUUUUAGCCCUCAGCAACAUCACGAGCAAGAACAACUCACUGGGGAUCCAAGUGGACUCAUUGUACGUGCAUUUUAAUUACCCGACUUUUCCAAUUGGUAAAUAUAAGGGUUGUUUGGCAUAAGGAUAUAUUUGUCCCCAAACCCUGAGGUUCUGGGUUCAAAUUCACCGACGUUACCCAACGGUUCAUUGAAAGGGUCGUGUAGCGUAGGGGCAGGAUGUUGGAUCCAGAACCCGAAGGUCCUGAAUUUGAAUUAUCCUCUAAUGCCAC